AUGUCCCACAUGGCCUCUGAGAUUAUUGCUUUUCUACUGGCGGUCUCAGGCUGGGUCCUGGUUUGUUCCACAUUACCCACUGAUUACUGGAAGGUCUCCUCUAUUGAUGGUUCAGUAAUAACCACAGCAACUUUCUGGUCCAACCUUUGGAAGACCUGUGUUACUGACUCAACCGGGGUAUCCAACUGCAAAGACUUUCCUUCCAUGCUGGCCUUAGAAGGAUAUAUCCAAGCCUGCCGUGGUUUACUAAUAGCUGCUGUCAGCUUAGGAUUUUUUGGUUCCAUUUUUGCCCUGGUUGGGAUGAAGUGCACCAAGAUCGGAGGCUCCGACCAGACUAAAGUGAAAAUAACUUGUAUUUCCGGCUUGCUGUACAUUCUGAGUGGUCUGUGUGCCAUGGCUGGAGUGUCUCUUUAUGCUCACCGGAUAACCACAGAAUUCUUUGAUCCAUCAUUCCUGGAGCAGAAGUAUGAGCUAGGAGCUGCUCUGUUUAUUGGAUGGGGAGGAUCAUCUAUUACCAUCAUCGGAGGUUCCAUACUCUGCUUCUCUUUGAAUGACAGUAUCAAAGAAGCAAGGAUACGUUAUUCUUAUAAUGGAGUAACAUCUGUGAAGUCAGCACGUACAAAUCAUCAAGACUAUAAUAAUAGCCGAAAGGCACAGAGAGGAUUGCCUAGACACUUUGACAAGAAUGCCUACGUGUGACAGUAGUGACAAUGGUGGUCUAUAUCAAAGCUGGAAAAUCUGCCAACCUCUGUAUCCAACUGAUGGGUUGGACCCAAUUACGACACUUGACCUCCUAUGUGCCGCAUGUGCACCAUGCACUAUGCCAGCU